CUGGUUUAGGAUGGGGUCCUCUGUGUCGGGAUGACGUGUUUUUCAGCUCAUUCUUUUGCUUCCGGGUUUGCACAGUGUUGCCAGACAGGCAAGUCUUGGAAAAAAUGUCGAAGGUUACGUUUAAAAUCACUCUUACUUCGGAUCCGAGACUGCCAUACAAAGUACUUAGUGUUCCAGAAAGCACACCUUUCACAGCGGUUUUAAAAUUUGCAGCAGAAGAGUUUAAAGUUCCUGCAGCAACAAGUGCGAUCAUAACAAACGAUGGAAUUGGAAUCAAUCCAGCUCAAACAGCAGGGAAUGUGUUCCUAAAGCAUGGAUCAGAACUUCGGAUUAUUCCCAGGGACAGAGUCGGAAGCUGCUUACCAACGAGGGGUUGAUUCUUCAAAGAAAGGGGAACAUUUUCACAUAACAUUUUAAACAAUGUAUUUAUUAUGGGACUAAUCCUCCCCUGCCCAUUCACAUACAGUAUACCGCACAGCUCUGUUGAGUGUCCUUAACCGCAAAUAAUGUGUACAAGAAUCCAGGUCUCCAGAAGUUUAGAGACAUCGCACAGAAGAAUGAAACCUAAAAAAAUAUUUAGGGACAGAAUUUAAGAACAUCUAUUCCACAUUCUGGUACUCGACUACAGAUUUUUUUUUUGUUGAUUUCAGGUCUUACUUUAUUUGAGAUUAUUUCAAUGGUUUUGAUUUAAUACAGAUUUAAAGAUAAGCAUCUUAAGUUAUAAUGCCCAUAUUAGUGUUCCAACUAAAGAGUUUUAUCUUUGUUGAUGGUAUCAAUUAAUCUGACAUAAUAUUGACAUGUAUCAAAUGUCUCCCCUGUUUAAUUUAAAAUAAAUAAACAAGAUAUUGUCUACAAAUCAAAUAUGAAUAUGCAAAACCCAUUUGAAAGGCAAUGGAGUUGUAAAUGACAUUUUAACGUAGGGCCCUGUUACAAAGUAUUGAAAGACAAGUGUAUGUAGCCGUGAAAUAUCUUGUAAGAUUUAUGUAUGUCCAGAAUAUGUGGGGUUUUUUUGGAAUGUAAAAUGGUAUUGCAGUUUUAACUGCUGUUAGACUUACCACAAUAGUGAUUAACAGUUUACACAAAUUGUGACCUUUUUAACAGUAAUAUUUUAUUCCCAAAAUAAAGUAGAGUAAAAUUCAACCGUAUUCAGAACUUGCACAUCGAAAAAAAAAUGCUAACAAGGAAUGUGUUCUGUGAAUAUCAUACAUGGUAAUGAUGUUAUGGAUGGCAACAUUUACAAAGAUUUGGCACCCAGAAUGGAAUGUUGUUUUCUAGAGUCGUGAUGUCAUCAUACCACCAUCAUACUAUAUUUUUCUAGAGUUUAGAAAUGCGCGUUCCAUGUGUUGCCUGGAAGGGGUAGACCAGUGCUAGUUUGGUAUGAUUAACAUUCCAUGGGUCAAAAUGCGUCAAAUCCAAGGGGCAAAUAGAAGAAUCGUCAGCGUACUGAAACAGACAUACAUCUCCUGUAAACCUGUUGCGAAAGAAAUAUUACAUAUUACACUACAUCAAAACAAAUAACACAAGGGCCAAUGAAAAUUACAAUGCCAAGAAGGGACAGGGAACAGAGCUACAUCAGUGCUUCCCCACAGUCAUGUUGCCGGUAGAUGUUUUGAUUAUUGUUAGUGUUAAUUAUAUCACCUUCCUAUGCCUUUUGCAGAAAGUCCUCAAACAGUUUAAAAGCCUUUUAUUAUUUUCAAACGAGGUGUUCUAGCUCUCAUACUUUUCUGAUCUCCUAAAAUAGAAGCAAUUGAUACCACUGCAGACAGAUGGAAAUAAUAACAAAGAUAACUAAGAGUUGCCAGCACCUUUACGGCUACCAGUACCAGUAACAAACACUUUAGCAAAUAGUGCAGAAUGCCAAUACCAGCACUAAACACUGUAGCAAACACUUUAGCAAAUAGUGCAGAAUGCCAAUACCAGCACUAAACACUGUAGCAAACACUUUAGCAAAUAGUGCAGAAUGGCUUUUUACAUAGUAACCAUAACCCUAUGUGCACUCUCUCAGGAGUUAUAAGCCAGUUUUACAUUUGACCUUUAGGAAAGGUCAGAGAUCACAGACCAUGGCAUUUUUUGAUAGAGCAUAUAUGGGUUACUAUAUGUGUUCCAUAGUAACCAGUUAUUAGCCAGUUUUGUAUGUUUAUGAUGUCAUCCAACGUGGCCGUCAUGUUUUUUAUUGUAGCAACUUCCCUUCAACACCCUUUAAAGACAACCUCACUACGAUCAUAUGUGCCAUUGGGUUUGUUUGAAUCGGACUAGCGGUUUGGGAGAAGAAGAUCUUUGUAGUUUGUGAUUAUGACGUCUGUACCGUGCGAUUUUGACGUCAUGCAGCAUGGCCGCCAUACCACACAACCUAUCAGCUUCUUACGAACAACAGUUAAUCUUGGACUAUCUCUCAACAACUGUACCAAUUUUCAGCACUCUGCAAUAAGUCGUUUUCAAAAGACAAGUUUUUACAUUUAGGCAAAAUGUUUUUUUUCAAUCCAAUAUGGCAAUAUGGAGUUUUCGAGCAAUUCUGGCGGAAAGAAAAAUAAUAUUAAGACUAAGAAUAAUCCCAGCAAUAACAAUAGGCUAGCCAGCCUAUGGCAUGGAAGCCUAAUAAUAAGAUGUGCAGGAUUGACCAUUCUAAGAACAAGUUCCCUGAAGGAAUGUGAGGCAGUAAUCAUUGAAGAAUGGCCAUCUUUCUAGAACAAUUUACAAAAUAAUGUCACAUUGAAUCAGUGCACUGUUGGCUGCCCUCUUUUUUUGCAGUGUUGGGGGGGGGGGGGGGGGUGUUGCAAUUUUUUUUGUCAUACCCUGUACAUUCCUUCAUCUUGAGUGAUUUAUGAGAAGAAAAAAUAUAUUCCCAGAGGCAAAGAGUAAAGGAGUAUUUGGGAAACAUCUUUAUGAAUUGGAUUUAAACAGUGGAGGUAAAAUGUUUUUGAGUAAAAGCAGUGAUGUGUUUGUAAUACCUGCAGAAAAUCUUUAUCCUUAAUGUUUUUCUUUUGAAUCACUAAUAAAACAACUAAAUGAA